UGAGGCAUUUGGUAGCUCAGGUGCCAGCCCAAACCUCUGGCCCACUGAUGCCAAAAACCCCAAGGGUUCCUAAGAGACAGCUCCAGAGGAUCAAGACUAUUCCUGAGGAGGAUGUCAUGGAUGAUAAUUCACAACGGGUUCAAAAGUCUGAGAGUGAGGGAGAGGUAAAGCCCACCAGGGCGAAACGUGCUGCUUCCCAGAGGGCCACUGAAAGCAUCAAGAAACAACAGUCAUUGACACUCAACAUCAAGCUGAGAAGACCUCAAGAUGAAGACGUUAUCACUGAGGCGAUCAAGGACCAGACACUGCGGAUAAGUCGUUCCAAGCGCCCGAAGACGUCACUCUCAGGUUCAGAAGAGGACGACAGGCCGCCAUCAAAGGUCGCAAAGACUGGAAAAGCGGACGCAAAACGUGGUCGUCCCAAAAAGAUCAAAGAGGAGCCACUCUCGGAAAAGGAGUCCUCCCCAGAGAAGCCAGUGAUGUCACCCGAAGUGCGUCUGACUCGUAACGGUAAUUCCCAACCUGCAAAUAAAACUCAGGUGAUAAUCGACGAGACCCUCGAGCUACCCGAGAACGAAACGAUAAUCGAUCCCUCCCUCUACGAGGAUGCUAUUGGCAAAUCCAUCCCCAUGAAUUCAACGAUGAACCCCAAUACAACCAUAACAAUCGACCGCAAGAUAAUGAACGCAACAGUUGUCCUCGAGAAGAUAAACGAAACUAUUACGUUGAAAAAAGGCUCGAUUCAAUCCCAACCGACGUCCCAAAAGAACAGUCUGAGAAUCUCUACAAUUUCUCCAGUGGUAUGUCUUGAUCCUAUUCCUCAACCUCAACGAACUCUCCAGACUAAACUGGCAGCUCUAAAAGAGUCCCUGAUAAAUCAGGAGUUCGACGCAAUCCUGACCGACGACGAUUCUUCCCCAGAGCGCAAAGAUCCCCCCAAGAAGUCCAAACGCCUGCCAGAAAAAUUCAAAAAACCUCGCAUGGUGUUCUCUUCUUCCUCCGAGGAGAUUCAAACCCCUCAGAAAUUAAUUCGCCCAGAUCCCAAACCCUUACGAGACCUGAAGUACAAGGCUAACGCUCUCUUCAGCCCUUACUCCAAGGAGUCAGUGAAGAAGAAGGUCGAGGCGUUUGAACAGGCGGUCCAGAACUCUCCGAAAUCCGAGAUUGAUCCGCCAACGAGAGUCACUAGAACGAAGACAAGAGCAAUGGCAGCUGCUGGUGAUGAGGUGCCCCAUGUGCAGACACUGGCUCAGAAGCUAGCGAGAAAGUCCCUGGCGAAGGCCAAGAAGAUCUCACUGACCCGCCAAAAGAGAGAGAACGACGAGUCCAAGGAGAAUCUUUUGGCAUCAGCCACGAAAAUCAAGUACUUCCCCAUGCCAAAUGACAAGGCGACAAUAAAGCAGAGCCAGAGGACAACUCCAAUCUCCAAAUCUCGACUACAGAUGCCCAUGUCCGUGAAUAGAAUUCACCAUACUCCAGCUUCCAAUAUUCCUCCGCCAAAAUCAAUGACAGUAUCGAAAGCCUAUGGAGUGGGAUCGACGGAGUCUCUGGCGUCGAAACCACUGUCCAAGUCUGGUUCGAUAGACAGCCUUGCUGAAAAGAAGAGGCUUGAUGAAGAUGCAAGGAAGAAGAAGGAGGAGAAUUUAAAAGCUCUGACUGAGGAGAAAAAGAGGAAGAGAGAGCAGAAGGAGCUGAAGAAUAAAAUGGCGAGAGAGGCAAAGGAGAGGCAGGAGCAGCAGAGGCGUUUGCAAAUUGAGAGGGAAAGAGAGGACAAGGCUAGACAGGCGUUAAUAGCCCAGGAGAAGAUGAGGGAGGAGGUAGAGAAGAAGAAACUGGCACAGUUGCAGAGAGCACAGGAGAAGGAGGAGAGGAGGCGACAGGAGGAGGUGAUGAGACUUCAGAAGAUUCAGGAGCAGGAGGAAGCAGAGAGAGCACUGGCUGAGGAGAAGAGGAGAGAGCAGGAGGCUGAUUUUUUUUUUGGAAGAUCUUCUGAUAUUUGUGUCUUUGUGGAGAUCAAAAUGUCUUGACUAGGUUUCGGGAGAGGACAUUAGGGGAGGAAAUCGCUGAUACUUCAAAUAUUUUUUUUAAAUAUUCGUAAAUAUUGAAGGAAGAAAGUAGUUGUUUUUGUCAAUGAUUUAGAAGUGAACGCUAAAAGAUAACAAGUCCACUUGGUGUCGAGCCGAGUGAGCUUUUGUGGAUUUACUAUGGAUCGGAUCAGAUUGACUGUUAUUUUGUCUAUUUGAGGGAUUUCGUAACUUGUAGUCGAAAAUCGUAAUUGUAUUUUAGGGAGCAGAAGACAGGCAAUUUUGUUAUGACUGUCGUAAGAUAUCAUGCUCUUGUAUUAACGCAUAUUUAAUCUAGGAUGCCGUAGAAUAAAGGAUUCUCUUUAUGUAUUCAAGCUUCGAGUUUAUUUCUUCGACGGUUGCCUCGAUUUUAUUAGGAGGACAGUCUCUUGGGAAGGGAGUGGAGGUCUGGUGUUUUUAGGUGAGAGUACACAGGAAUCUGUAGGAAAAAGACAAUUAAUAUUAAUUAAUUGAACAUUACCACCGUUUAAUUGUUGAUUUGAAUUUAAUAUUAACAUUACUAAUUUGUCAUGAUUAAUUAAAGAGUUGAAACAGUCUCAAACAAUUUGAAAUUUCAUCAG